AUGGUCCAAAUUGACAAGGACCACUACAAACUUUUGUCUGUCCGCGAUCCAACAACUACGACGACCACCACCACACCUACGACUACAACAACACCGCCAACUACCACCACCACAUCAACAACGACGACUUCCGUAAAAACCACACAAACGACAACAACAACGACUGAAAAGCCUAAACCUCAGGAUUCUCUCUUUGGGCCUACAGUCAUUUUUAUUGGAAUUUUUGUUGGAAUUAUUGUUAUCAUCUCUUGUGGAGCUAUGGGCAUCUUUCUCUUCAUGAAGGCUAAGAAAAAUAGGGCAAAAUGGGAGGACGAUGAUAAUUCGAAGAUCACAUCGGAAAAAUCAAAAAUGGGGGAAAAAUCAAAGAUGGAGGAGGACAAAGCAAAGAUUGAGGCCAAGGCAAAGAUGGAGGAAAAGUCGAAGAUGGGGGAGAAAUCGAAAAUGGCGACCACUGCGAAUUCGAUGAUGGAGACCAACUCGAAAAUGGAGGAGGAGGACAAGUCGAAGAGCAGCCAGCAGGAAUGA